GAGGUCGCUCCGGUCGGGUGUUGCCUGAGAACCGGAUGAGGCGGCGACCGUGAGGCCGAGCCGGGAGUGGAGCGUCGCGCCGAGGCCCGGCGGGGAGCAACGGCCGCGGACGCCGCGGGGCCGUGUCGUUGAGUCGGGGGCAGGCGGAGAGCGCGGGGCGCUCCGGCCGGGGCGGCCGGCGCCAUGGGCAACCGCGGGAUGGAAGAGCUGAUCCCGCUGGUCAACAAGCUGCAGGACGCCUUUAGCUCCAUUGGCCAGAGUUGCCACCUGGAUCUGCCGCAGAUCGCCGUGGUGGGCGGCCAGAGCGCCGGCAAGAGCUCGGUGCUAGAGAACUUCGUGGGCCGGGACUUCCUUCCCCGAGGCUCAGGAAUCGUCACGCGGCGGCCUCUCAUUCUGCAGCUCAUCUUCUCAAAAACAGAAUAUGCCGAGUUUCUGCACUGCAAGUCCAAAAAGUUUACAGACUUUGAUGAAGUCCGGCAAGAGAUUGAAGCAGAGACAGAUAGGAUCACGGGGAUCAACAAAGGCAUCUCCCCAGUGCCCAUCAACCUGCGGGUCUACUCACCACACGUACUCAACCUCACCCUCAUCGACCUUCCAGGCAUCACCAAGGUGCCUGUGGGGGACCAGCCCCCAGACAUCGAGUACCAGAUCAAGGACAUGAUCCUGCAGUUCAUCAGCCGGGAGAACAGCUUGAUCCUUGCUGUCACCCCUGCCAACAUGGACUUGGCCAACUCAGACGCCCUUAAACUGGCCAAGGAGGUUGACCCCCAAGGCCUGCGGACCAUCGGCGUGAUCACCAAGCUCGACCUGAUGGACGAAGGCACCGAUGCCAGAGACAUCCUGGAGAACAAGCUCCUCCCCUUGAGAAGAGGCUACAUCGGCGUGGUGAACCGCAGCCAGAAGGAUAUCGAGGGCAAGAAGGAUAUACGCUCGGCCCUGGCAGCCGAGAGGAAGUUUUUCCUUUCCCACCCGGCCUACCGACACAUAGCUGACCGCAUGGGCACCCCACACCUGCAGAAGACCCUGAAUCAGCAACUGACCAACCACAUCCGGGAGUCGCUGCCAACCCUGCGCAGCAAGCUGCAGAGCCAGCUGCUAUCCCUGGAGAAGGAGGUGGAAGAGUACAAGAACUUCCGGCCCGAUGACCCCACGCGAAAAACCAAAGCCCUGCUGCAGAUGGUCCAGCAGUUUGGGGUGGACUUUGAGAAGAGGAUCGAGGGCUCGGGCGACCAGGUGGACACACUGGAGCUCUCCGGGGGCGCCCGCAUCAAUCGCAUCUUCCACGAGCGCUUUCCCUUCGAGCUGGUGAAGAUGGAGUUCGAUGAGAAGGACUUAAGACGAGAGAUCAGCUACGCCAUUAAGAACAUCCAUGGAGUCAGGACUGGGCUCUUCACCCCGGACUUGGCAUUCGAGGCCAUUGUGAAAAAGCAGGUCGUCAAGCUGAAAGAGCCCUGUCUGAAAUGUGUCGACCUGGUUAUCCAGGAACUAAUCAAUACAGUUAGGCAGUGUACCAGUAAGCUCAGUUCCUACCCCCGGUUACGAGAAGAAACGGAGCGAAUCGUCACCACACACAUCCGGGAACGGGAGGGCAAAACCAAGGACCAGAUUCUUCUUCUGAUUGACAUUGAGCUGUCCUACAUCAACACGAACCAUGAGGACUUCAUUGGAUUUGCCAACGCCCAGCAGAGGAACACGCAGCUGAACAAGAAGAGGGCCAUCCCCAAUCAGGGGGAGAUCUUGGUGAUCCGCAAGGGCUGGCUGACCAUCAACAACAUCAGCUUGAUGAAGGGUGGCUCGAAGGAAUACUGGUUUGUGUUGACGGCCGAGUCACUGUCCUGGUACAAGGAUGAAGAGGAGAAAGAGAAGAAGUACAUGCUGCCAUUAGACAACCUCAAAAUCCGUGACGUGGAGAAGGGCUUCAUGUCCAACAAGCAUGUCUUUGCCAUCUUCAACACGGAACAGAGGAAUGUCUACAAGGACCUGCGGCAGAUUGAGCUGGCCUGUGACUCCCAGGAGGAUGUGGACAGCUGGAAGGCCUCAUUUCUCCGAGCUGGGGUCUACCCUGAGAAGGACCAGACGGAAAAUGAGGACGGGGCCCAGGAGAACACUUUCUCCAUGGACCCUCAGCUGGAGCGCCAGGUGGAGACCAUUCGCAACCUGGUGGACUCAUAUGUGGACAUUAUCAACAAGUCCAUCCGCGAUCUCAUGCCAAAGACCAUCAUGCACCUUAUGAUCAACAACACAAAGGCCUUCAUCCACCAUGAGCUGCUGGCUUACCUGUACUCGUCAGCAGACCAGAGUAGCCUCAUGGAGGAGUCAGCCGACCAGGCCCAGCGGCGGGACGACGUGCUACGCAUGUACCACGCUCUCAAAGAGGCACUCAGCAUCAUUGGGGAUAUCAGCACCAGCACUGUGUCUACGCCCAUGCCUCCUCCCGUCGACGACACCUGGCUCCAGACCACCAGCAGCCACAGCCCCACUCCACAGCGCCGACCUGUGUCCAGCGUGCACCCACCAGGCCGGCCCCCAGCAGUGCGAGGCCCCACUCCAGGACCCCCCCUGAUUCCCAUACCAGUGGGGGCAGCAGCCUCCUUUGUGGCACCCCCCAUCCCAUCCCGGCCCGGCCCCCAGAACGUGUUUGCCAACAAUGACCCCUUCUCGGCCCCACCUCAGAUCCCAUCAAGGCCAGCUCGGAUUCCACCCGGCAUCCCUCCCGGCGUGCCCAGCAGAAGACCCCCUGCUGCACCCAGCCGACCCACCAUUAUCCGCCCAGCCGAGCCUUCCCUGCUCGACUAG